AUGAAGCCUCGUUCUUAUAACCAGGGCUACCUACAGAACGGUGCUGCCGGCCUGCCGCAAGGCGCAGCACCCCUCUUGCCUAACCAAGGCCGUGUCAUCCAGACUGGUCCCAUGCGCGUCCUUUGCAUCGCUGAUGUUCGAGGAAACCUAAAGUCCCUAAACGACCUCGCUAAGCAAGCGCGCGCCGACCACAUUAUCCACACCGGUGACUUUGGAUUCUACGACGACACAUCGCUCGAACGCAUCGCCGAGAAGACACUCAAGCAUGUUGCUCAGUACUCGCCUCUCAUUGCUGAUCCCAUCAAGAAGGCCAUCUCCGGAGGGGGUCCCGGUUCCGUGAAGCAGCGAUUCCAGCCACGCGAGCUUCCCCUCUCGGAGCUGUCCCAGCUCAUCAGCGGUGAGCUCAAGUUGGAGGUUCCCGUGUACACGGUCUGGGGUGCCUGCGAGGAUGUCCGGGUGCUGGAGAAAUUCAGGUCCGGCGAGUAUAAGGUACCGAACCUGCACAUCAUCGAUGAGGCCCGAUCUAUGCUGCUCGAGAUUGGGGGCGUGAAACUUCGCCUGCUGGGCCUGGGAGGCGCUGUCGUCAUGCACAAGCUCUUCGACAAUGGCGAGGGCCGCACAACGAUCGCCGGUGGUCAAGGUACCAUGUGGACGACUCUGCUGCAAAUGGGCGAGCUCAUCGACACGGCCCAUCGCGUGUACGACCCUACCGAAACUCGAGUGUUCAUCACACACGCCUCGCCCGCUCGUGAGGGCAUUCUUAACCAGUUGUCCGUCAUGCUCAAGGCCGAUUUCUCGAUAUCCGCCGGUCUCCACUUCCGCUACGGCUCUUCCUACAAUGAGUUCAGCGUCAACCCGACUCUGGAUCAUUACCGUGGCAAGCUGGCUGCAUCCAAGGCAUCCUUCAACGAUGUGUGGGAUACGGUUAAGAGCGAGGUCGAGCCUGCCAUUGCACAGAAUGAGGCUCAGCAGAAUCUCUUGAAGAACGCGCUGCAGCUCGUGGAGAAGAUGCCUACCGUGGCAGCUGGGGGCAACCCAUUCGGCGGUCCUCAGAGUGGUCCAGCGACGCAGGGCCAGGUGGACGAGAGCGCCUUCAAAAACAUGUGGAAUUUCAACCUGGCUGAUGCUGCGUUUGGCUACCUCGUCUUGGAGAUCCAGGAUGGAAGGAUUGGUACCGAGAUGCGCGCGCAGGGCUUCAACUUCUCCCACCGUGGGGCCAAGCAACAGCCAGGCGCCGCUCCUGCUCCCCCAGCCAGCAUUGCGAACGCCCCUUCGCCAGCACCUCCAUCAACCGAGUCCGCUGCCCCUCCGCCUCCCAGUCGCCAGGCAUCCGCUGCACAGACCAAGCCUGUCGUUAGCGGCCCCAAGCCCGGCACCCCUCAGCCCAAGGAUGAAAAGGCCCCUGCCCCAGCUAACGGUUCCGCCAACGGACCCGAGCCUACGAUGUCUCCUGCGCCCAAGUCGAACCCUGCUGAUAUCAUUGGGCUUUUCGUCAUGAACGUUCAGUCUGAGGAGCAGUGCCGCGACCUGUUUGAAGAUGAGGACAAGGCCAAGGUUGUCAAGGUUGAGAAAUGGGGGGCCACGAACAAGGUUGCUCACUUUAAGACGGUGGAGGAUCGUGAUGCCGCUUUGGCCCACCUAAAGGAGGAGUACAAGACUCGUGCGCAGAACCAAGAAGACCGCUCCCGACCGCUGGUCAAGAUGUUCAUGCACCGUGAGGGCGGCAAGUUUGCCAACCGCGGUGGUGCUGGGAACUGGGGCAGCAGCAGCACCCGGGGUGGAGGCAACUCGAGCGGCUACCGCAGUGCCGGUGGUGCCAGCGAUUCGGAGAGCAACCGCCGUGGUGGCCGGGGCGGACGUGGGCGUGGCGACCGUGGACGCGGUGGCCGUGGGCGCGGAGGACUUAAGGGUGACGGCGCCUCGCCUGCGCCGGCCGAGUGA